AUGCACGCGUACGCUCAUGACCAUGCAUAUUCAAGCAAUAGACGCGGUGUCCUGGUUACUGGGAUGCCUGGGAUUGGUAAAACAGUGUUUCUUCUCUAUUUCCUGGCGAAAACACUAGCUCGCAAACAACCGGUAUGCAUCCAUAUCCUAUAUCAGACAUUUGCCAUCCUUGGACCCGAAGGAACAGAUGUGUACAUUGUUCCCGACUCUUCUCCAGUUCUUCGGGAUCCAGAUCUGUACAACACGCUUUUCCUGAUAGACAUGGACUGGACUGGUGCGGACGUCCCCAGAUUCAUGUUGAAUAAGUUCUACCAGAUUGGAGCAUCUUCCCCGAACCCACGGUUAAAAGGACUUAAGAAUUGGCGAAAGCAAUUUUGCAUCGCUCCUAUAGUGAUGAACCCACCCGAUGUUGUGGACGUUGUCAACAUCUUCAGGCACGCGUACCCCAAAUCAGGGCUUACAGAUCCACAAAUGCAGAACUUUGUCCGUGACUUGAUUCAAACCUUCAACGUGGACCUCCGUCGUUUCCUCCUGAUCUUCGAUGACCCUCAGUCGAACAGAUCCGUUUCUUUGGACAGGGAGGUUCGGGGGUUCGUGCGUGAGCUCCGGGCCGCUCUUCGCGAGAUGAAGGCUGAAGGCGUCGUUUCGCUGAUAGAUGGUAGUUCAUACUCUCCCCACCACUCUCAUCGACUUAUUGCCACAUACCGAAGGUCGGACGAGGAAGAUGGCAAUAUGCGACAUGAAGUCCGGUCUCCCUUGGUAGUGAACCUACUCUGUGAGGCUUGGACAAACCAGGCCGACAAGAUGCGGACGAUUAUGGAGGCCUUGCUUAGCUCCGAGAUGAAGAUGGCAGCAGCUCUUGGCUGGAUUUUCGAAGCUGAAGGACACACUCAUAUCGUUACCAACCAGAGCCUCAACGUUUACCCGAUGAUGGAGACACGCGUUGGAAAAAACAAAACCCGUCUGAGUCAACACGAGCUUGCCCAGCCCAUGGAAGUCGGUCAACGGGUCAUGAAGCUCUAUGACUCUGCCUCCGAGCCUUCAACAACCUGUGAUCAGAAGGCUUAUUAUGUCCCCAUGCAGGUCAAUAAUCCCCUCUUCGACUCUUUUUUGGUCGGCAAGGGCUUUGGCGCUGUGUUUCAAAUGACCAGAUCAGUCACACACAGCUUCAAAACUAAACACCUCAAGCCAAUUCAAAAGCGGCUUGAGGCGAUCUGUGGUUUGCCAUCCUCUGGCUUUUAUUUCGUCUUUGUGAUCCCGACGGGCAGGAAACUCCGGAUAAAUAUACCAGAUACCGCUGCUACUCGGAUGUUCAGGUACUAUACACUGUCCGUGGGCUCCAAGUCAAUGGUAUUUCAAACCUCUGAUUCAGUAAAGAUCGUGUUGAAGGAGAAUGGCAUGGGUGGUAUGAUAGGUGAGGUGGAGCAUGAGGAUGGUGAAUAUGCGGACGAUGGCGAAACAGUGGACGAUGGGGACAUAGUCAUGGAUUGGAUAUGACCUCAAGAUCAUCUCCUGUAUCUCAAUUGAUCCAUAGUAUUCCAUACCUUCGACCAAGAGCAAGGAAGUUUCCCGUGCGCACGGAAAUCAUGGCGCCACACAUUAUUGAUACUGUGCUACUUUCAUCUCUAAAUAACUAGCCAUGUCAAGUCCAAGUCCCGCAAUUCCUCAAUGGCUCGCCAAGUCAGGAUGCUUUGCAUAGGAACUCUCAAGCUACGAGAAGCCUCACGCACACGAGCAGCAUAUGCUUCCAUUCCCCAUAAAACAGCAUCAUUCCGCGCUGCUCUUCACAACGUUUCUAAAUCGACGAGAAAACGCCAUAUGCAGGAUUCAGCAGGAAGGGAGGAAGUUGAAGAAUCUUGAAGGCAAG